CCUGGCGGCGGGAGCGGCGUCGUCGUCGUCCCCCCCGACGAGGACGGGAGGAGGAAAGAGGUUAAAAUAAACACCGGCGGGAGCCGGCUCCCCCCGCGGCCCGCGGAGCCUGACAAUGAAUGACUGGGCCCCCAUAGCAAAGGAGUAUGACCCCCUCAAAGCUGGGAGCAUUGAUGGCACAGAUGAAGAGCCCCACGACCGUGCCAUAUGGAGGGCUAUGUUGGCACGCUAUGUACCCAACAAGGGAGUUACAGGAGAUCCUCACCUCACCCUGUUUGUAGCAAGGCUCAAUCUUCAAACAACAGAAGAGAAGUUAAAGGAGGUCUUUUCCCGGUAUGGAGAUAUCAGAAAGAUCCGUCUGGUUCGAGACCUGGUCACAGGAUUUUCCAAGGGUUAUGCAUUUAUUGAGUACAAAGAGGAGCGUGCUCUCUUGAAGGCCCACAGAGAUGCCAACAGGCUGGUUAUUGAUCAACAUGAGAUCUUUGUAGACUUUGAACUGGAAAGAACUCUCAAAGGCUGGAUUCCACGGAGGCUUGGAGGUGGUUUUGGAGGCAAAAAAGAAUCCGGGCAGCUACGGUUUGGAGGACGGGACAGACCUUUCCGAAAGCCCAUCAAUUUGCCAAACAUGAAAAAUGAUUUCUAUGGAGAAGGAUCAUCAGAGAAAAGAAACUGGUCUCGUGAGGGGACGAGGGACUGGAGAACAAGGGACCGAGACCAUGAAAGGAGCAGAGACAAGCGAUGGCCAGAAAGGGAGCGAUCAUGGACUUGGGGUGAAAGUGAGAGAGAGAGGGACUCCAAAGAGGAGAAGAGCAGAGGGAGGGAGAGGAAGGACAGAGACAGGAAGGACAGGGAUAGAGACCGGAGCAGGGAAAGAGAUACCAAGAAACAAAGAGAUGAUGAUAAGCAUCGAUAGGUGAGAGUGCCUUGCGUUGGUGUAUAUUCCCUCCUCUUACAUCCCCAGCGUUCCCAUUGCAGAUGUUGCCUUCAGCCCAGGGCUGUGAGCAGCAUUCCUGGAACAAGCUGUGGCAUUACUGCCUUGUGCCUGUGACUCUCGCCUGCUCGAAGUUCUCUGCAGUUUGGUUGCUAAUGCAGUUGAGAUACGUGCUGAAUUGUUCUUCAGAGAAAAUAAACUUUUGUAUUAGUA